AUGUAAAAAAAGCCAAGAAAGAAUUUACUUAUUCAACGAUUAAAUUACAUCAGAGACAAGCAAAACGAUAUUUAUUAGAAGAUCUUGAAUGACGAAAUGAAAGUAGAUAUUCAAGAAGCUUUGAAAAUGAGUAUCAAAGAUGAGAAUAAUCAACUCAAACCCUUUAGAAGAGAUUAGUUACAAAUUAAGGCGAAAUCUUAAAAUAAGCCAGAAUUAGUCAUUGAGUAAAUUAACACUCAUCUAAAAUAUUUGUACACUAAGGAAUGUUAUUGUUUAGAGAUCAAAAAGACAGUCAAAAAACUAAUAAAAACAGGUGAUUUUUGUGAUCUGAACAUCAAUUGGGUCUUACUAGAACUGUCUGGAGCUAGAGUAAUUAAAUUGUAAAAUAAGGGAGUCUUUUAACAAUUGCUGGAAUAGAAGGAUAAGUACCCUCCUGAAUUGUUUGAACCCAUCUAUUUAGACUCUGUUAGAACUCUAAAUCACCUUGAUUCAAUAAAGAAAAAGUAAAUAGAAAAAUAAAUUGAAACAGUCUUAAUUGCUUAUUCUAUCAGAAAUCCUGAAAUUGGGUAUUGUUAGGGAUAAAACUUCAUCGUCAACUAUUUAAUCAAUACUCUCAAAUUUGAUUUAGAAGAUGCCUUUUGGACAUUCACAUAGAUUUUGGAAACUAUUAUGCCGAUAGAUUAUUAUACGAAUAUUUUGAGUGCAUUAACUGACUAAUAGAUAUUGGAUUAUUACAUCUAAGAAUACAUUCCAGAAUUAAAAACGCAUUUUCAUAAAAUAAACCUUUAAUCUGAUUUUUUUACAGUUUAAUGGUACUUAUGUAUAUUUACAAAUCAAGUCAAACCAUAAUUAACCAAUUUCAUUAUGCUGAUGUUAUAUAUAGACGGAAUUAAGGCUUUGACUAUUAGUGCACUAAUUUUGUUGAUUUUAUUAAAAAAUGAGUUAUUAAAGUUUAAUUAAUUUAGUAAACUAUUCAGAUUUAUUUAUUAGCUGAUGCAAUCAAUUAUAUACAGCAAUAUGUAGACAUAUAUUGCGAUAUCGAAAUAUUUAAAUAUCACUAUUUCCAAAUCAAAAUUAAAAAAUAAGCCUUUAAUUUUGCCAGAGAAGAAAUUAGAGCUUAAUUAAUUUGUAAUUUUUAAGGUUAUUUCUUAAGAAAAGCAUUAAAAUGCUAUCACAAUAAAAUAAUAAAUAGAAAUUGAAAAAAUCCCACCUUGUCCAAAGGAUUAACAAGUCUGCAACUAAGUGUUGUUGUCCAACUAAUUUUUGAGAAAAUCCUCUUCGUUUUAUGUUUAUAAACACAAAGAUCCUCCGAUCAUGAUAAAGAAUUAUUGGGAUGGCAACAUAUUUCCAGAAAUUUAGAAAUCUCAUGAACUUCUAAUUUUGAGAUAAGAACAUAUAUGUAUGAGAAAAAAUUCAUUUUGA